CAAGCCUCAUGGUCCGAGACGGCCACGGCCGCGAACACUGGAGAAAAACCCAUAUCGACAUUGACCGCCACAUCAUCAUCAUCGACGAACCCAUCGGAGACUCCUCAGCCCACGACGAAGAGUCCCUGAAUGACUACGUCUCAGAUCUGGCAGUCUCGUCGCCUCUCAACACCGACAAACCUCUCUGGGAGGUACACUUGUUGAGACCCUAUAACUGUAUUUUGUUUCGAAUCCAUCACGCUUUGGGAGAUGGGAUUUCUCUCAUGUCGAUGCUUUUGGCGUGUUGUCGGAGAGCCGAUGAUCCGGAUCGGAGGCCGACGAUUGAGUCUGUGGGGGCUUCGAAGGAGAGGGGAGAGAGGGAGAGGAGGUGGAAUAGAGUGGUGGAGAGGGGUGUGAAGGCGGUGUGGUUGACGGUGGUGUUUGUGGUGGAAUUUGUGAUGAGGAGUUUGUGGGUGAGAGAUAGGAGGACCGCCGUGAGCGGCGGUGCGGGGGUGGAGCUCUGGCCGAGGAAGCUUGCCACGGCCAAGUUUUUGCUGGACGAUAUGAAAGCGGUGAAAAAUGCUGUGGCUGACGCGACCAUUAAUGAUGUGCUUUUCGGGGUUAUUUCAUCUGGGCUAUCAAGAUAUUUGGAUAUCCGAUCACCAAAAGCUUUGCAAGAUGGGCUUCAAUUGACCGGCUUAGCCAUGGUUAAUUUGAGGAAACAACCAGGAUUACAGGAUCUCUCCAAAUUGAUGGACGGCAAUUCUAGUGUACAGUGGGGUAACAAAUUCGGUAUGAUGCUCUUACCUAUUUAUUAUCAUCAAGGCGGCGCUGAUCCUCUACAAUAUGUAGAAAGAUCUAAGGCAAUGAUUGACCGGAAAAAACUAUCUUUAGAGGCUCACUUCUCAUACAAAAUAGGGAAUUUUGUGAUGUCCUGUUUCGGAGCAAAGCUUGCGAGCUGGCUUAAUUACAGGAUUGUAUGUAACACAACCUUUACAAUCUCGAAUGUGAUUGGCCCACGAGAGGAGAUUACUGUGGUGGGCAAUCCUGUAACUUACAUGAGGGUGACCAACACUAGCCUUCCCCAUGCAAUCACAAUGCACAUGAUGAGUUAUGCAGGAAGAGCUGACAUGCAAAUCAUGGUAGCCAAAGACAUUAUACCUGAUCCUGAAGUUGUAGCCAAGUGUUUUGAAGAUGCCCUCCUCGAUAUGAAGCAAGCUGCUGAGAAGGCUGCUGCAUCGAAAUCAUGAACUAAGUCAUCGUGCAUGUUGGAUAAAUUUUACCUUUGGAAUCGAUCUGUUUUGAAGAAGAUGAUUCGCUUUACAUCAAAGAAGAGAGUUAAAUUUAGACUACCUCCAAAUUUGUACAAAAAAAAUGUAGUAGAACCAAAGAUAGAAGCUAGUCAGGAACUUGAAUUGAGUCCUGUGUCACUGUCACGUACCGACUCAUUAGGGAUGCGAGUUCUACACCAAGCACCUUGUAAGCGCAUUAAUUUGUGAACAGUAAGGCAGGCAGGGUAGAUCCCUAUCGCAUUUCCUGAGCUGGUCCGUAGGCAUAAUUCACGGGAUAUGUAGUACCACUCGUGGAAUUGGUUUCUCGAGAGGAUGACAAGCGCCGAAUCCAUAACACCUGACUGUGAACCACACUUACUUCUACGGACACUUUUCAGAUACUCGGAGAAUAUGUAUAUUUUUUAAAUGCAUCCAAUACUUGAUGUUAAUUUUGAGAUGUAUUGGAUAGUUUUCGACACGCUAGGUUAGCUUAUCCAAAAUAUUGCGAAAUUGAAAUUGUAAUAAUUUUUGCAUAUUAUUAGACUAUAAUUGUUAGAAUAAAUAGAAGAAUACUUUUUCAAUA